CGCUAUCUCUGCAAGCGUGCUCUGCAGUCAUUUCGUGUUUGUGGAAGCCUCUGGUACUUCUUCAAAAUGAGAAAGGAGAGCCAGUUAUUACGCUGGAUCUUCUGGAUUGUGGUUAUAACAGCAUUGUUCUUUCUGGGCUUCAUCAUAGGUUGGUUUGCAAAGCCCACACAUCCAAACAGUGGAGACAGCAGUGAUUCCAGACACUAUCUAAGAGAGUUUCUGGAUGAAAUGCGUCCAGAGACGAUCAGACAGCAUCUCAGGAGUUUUACACGCCUCCCCCACCUCGCUGGUACAGAGCAGAACCUGAAAUAUGCUGAGCAGAUCAUGAAAGAGUGGCAGGACUUUGGGCUGGACUCUGUGGAGAUGGUGCCUUACGAUGUCCUGUUGUCAUAUCCAAACAAAUCACGGCCUAAUUACAUCUCAAUAGUGGACGCAAAUGGAAAUGAGGUUUUUAAUACCUCCUUGGCUGAGCCUGUUCCUGAGGGGUAUGAGGAUGUUUCUGAUAUUGUGCCUCCAUACAGCGCCUUCUCUGCAAGAGGACAACCUAAGGGGGAUUUGGUGUAUGUGAAUUAUGGGCGUACAGAAGACUUUUUCCAGUUGCAGAGGCAGAUGGAGAUUGACGUGACUGGGAAGAUUGUCAUUGUCAGAUAUGGAAAGAUAUUCAGAGGCAAUAAGGUUAAAAACGCCAUGUUAGCAGGUGCAAAGGGUAUCAUCAUGUUUUCAGAUCCAGCAGAUUACUGUGCUGAUGGAGUCCAGCCUUACCCUGACGGUUGGAACCUGCCUGGUGGAGGAGCUCAGAGAGGAAACGUCUUGAACCUGAACGGAGCUGGAGACCCCCUGACCCCAGGAUACCCAGCUAAAGAAUACACAUAUAGAUACAGUUUUGAAGAUGGAGUGGGACUGCCCAGUAUCCCUGUGCAUCCCAUAGGUUACCACGAUGCAAUUCACCUGCUUAAGAAUAUGGGAGGAAAAACCCCACCCAACAACUGGAAGGGAGCUCUGAACGUGUCCUACAGGAUCGGGCCGGGAUUUAUCGACGACUUCAAGAGCCAUGCGGUGCGUAUGAACAUUCACACUAUCAACCAGGUAACUAGGAUCUACAAUGUCAUCGGUAAGAUUAGAGGAGCCCUGGAGCCAGACAGGUAUGUGAUUCUGGGAGGUCACCGGGAUGCCUGGGUGUUCGGUGGAAUUGAUCCCAUGUCUGGUGCAGCAGUGGUUCAUGAGACGGUCAGGAGUGCUGGCAGGCUGAUCAGUAAAGGUUGGAGGCCUAGGAGGACUAUAAUAUUUGCCAGCUGGGAUGCAGAGGAGUUUGGACUGCAGGGAUCUACAGAAUGGGCAGAGGAUAAUGCCAAGCUGCUACAGGAUAGAGCUGUGGCCUACAUCAAUGCAGACUCAGCCAUAGAGGGCAUGUACACACUGAGGGUGGACUGCUCUCCAUCUCUGCACACUUUGGUAUAUAAUAUCACCAAACAGAUUGCAAGCCCUGAAGAAGGAGAGGAGGGAAUGUCUCUGUAUGAGAGUUGGCAUAAGAGGGACAAUUGGACAAAUGAUCGUGAUGCACCCAGGAUCAGUAAGCUGGGCUCAGGCAGUGACUUUGAGGCCUAUUUCAUCCGUCUGGGAAUUGCAGCUGGCAGAGCAAGGUACACCAAAAACAAGAAAACUGAGCGAUACAGCAGUUAUCCAGUCUAUCACAGUGUGUACGAAACCUUUGAGAUUGUGGAGAAGUUUUAUGACCCGUCCUUCAGAAGGCUUCAGGCCGUGGCCCAGGUCCGAGGUGGACUCAUCUUCUCAUUGGCUGAUUCACUGCUCCUCCCACUCGAUGCCAACCAGUAUGCAGACUCACUGAGGAAGUACGCACAGAGCAUUGCACAUGUGGGACAGAUGCAUCCAGAGGAGAUGCAAAUGUAUCAAGUGUCAUUUGACUCCCUGUUUUCUGCAGUGGAAAACUUCACUAUUGCAGCCAGAGGUUUCCAUGAGCGACUGGAGACGCUCAACCGAGCUGAUCCGCUGCAGGUUAGACUUGUGAAUGAUCAACUCAUGUACUUGGAAAGAGGGUUUAUAGACCCUCUGGGAUUACCUGGCAGACCUUUCUACAGGCAUGUGAUUUUUGCUCCCAGCAGCCAUAAUAAAUACGCAGGAGAGUCUUUUCCUGGAAUCUAUGAUGCAUUGUUUGACAUUGAAAACUCAGUUGAGCCACAGAGGGCCUGGAGGGAAGUCAAGCGUCAAAUCAGCAUUGCAGCAUUCACCGUCCACUCUGCCGCCAUGACCCUCACUCCACCUGCGUGAAGAGCCUGCGCACAGUACUCUGUACAGCUUUGUGACUGAAAUAUGAACUCAUUAUUUUAUUUCAUGAGAAUGUGAGGCACCUCCUGAAACACACGCAGUGACAGAGAUCCCUCAGAAUUCCAGAGUGAGGAGAACGACUGCACCCCACAUUAUAUCUGUGAAUUAUGUAACUACAGUAAAGAGAUAAGUUAUUAAAGUUUUGUGUCGAUGUAGAUAUUUAAUUAUAUCAGAUUUAAAAAGAAGAGCUAAAUAAAUAGAUAUUUUUUAGCAUAAAGAUUUAAAAAAGUCUGCUGUAGUGCCUGAUGUGAUAUUAAAUUUUACAUCCAUUCUCUUAAAGGCACACGUACCAACUCACCAUUAAAUCACCUGACACCAGGAAUGUCAUCACAAGGCAAAAUGAAGUACUUCUGUCAUUUGUU